CCGAGCGCCAUUUGCCCAUUCUGGACGGAAGAACGCUCGAGGUAAGGUGUGGCCUGCAGCAGGCUGGCUAGAAGGCCACGGGUGAGAGACAGAGACAAUCUAUGGUGUGCUCGGAACGUUAGAGAAGAACAGACAGUUGGAAGAAAGCGAGAAGAAGAUAGAAGGCCAAGACACACGAGAAUCGUAGCUCGAGCUCUCUGCUGCUCUCUCCGUGACUCGGUCGAGAGUCGACAGAGAAGGAGAGACGUAAAAGAAGAAAAAAAAGAACAGGAAGUCGGUCCGGCAACCCAGGGAAGACGCGUCGAGCGAUGUUGGAGGGAUUUGUGAGGUGAGGGCGACGGUCUCGAGUCGCGCAGCGCCGAGAUACGCGACCGAUCUCCCGAACUAAGUACCUCGUUCACUCAGACUGAUUUGAAUCGACCGUUCACGGCAGCUCCAGUGUAUAGCGCAGCAUCCCUGUGUGUUGGUCAAGUCGAGAAGAAAAAGAAGCUGGAUCUGAGAACGUGUUGUAGUUAUGAUUCUGUCGAGUUCACAGUAAAGAAAAGGGCAACGAAAGAGAAGAACGAAAGAGAGGAUUUAGCGCGAGGAGAGGAACACACGUACAUACACGCACUCGUCGUUUGUCCCAUUGUGGAAAAAGAGAGAAUAAUGCCAACACGUUCUUCACAAGACGUGAUGAUGUCGGUUGGACUGUUGGUGUGAUGUUGAGAUAAACAAGCUAGAGGAAGUGUGUACUGGGAGAGCGCGUGGGAUCAUGCAUUUGUCGAAUGGGCUGAAACAUUCCUCGGUUGUGGCGUUAAUUGGACCUGUCGUCUUUAUUUACAAAAGGAUCAAUAAUCGAGACGAGCUGCUGGCGGUAGCAGUGGCGGAGAAGGAGGAGGAGGAGGAGUAGAAAACACGGCAUCGAGGUGCCGCAGGAAGUGAUGGAAACACGUGAGAAAACGUGGGAUUACGACACAGAUACGCGUGUAUGAGGCUGGGGGAGGACGUCGAGCGUCUGGAUGCCUCCAGAAAACGCGUUCUACUAUACAACUCCAAGUGCCAUUUCGUAUUUGAUAAAUAAUUAAGAAUAGAUGUACAGGACGCGUGCACGUAGGAUGCGCGCGCGCGCUGAAUGUACAUGCACACUUGUUUCACACUGUCCACAGUUACCGAUAAACAUGUAGUGACAAAAUUGUUGUUCCAUGGGUUACGAGUCUAGGCAGAUGUCACAUGUGUACACUGACCAUUUCACAGAAACCAAUGGUACAGCGUUACUUGAAAGUGCCAUACCAAGAAGGAGAUUUCUUUCAACAUUGUCAAGUCUCAGGUGUUUGUUUCUUUUUAAAAUCCAAUGGAGAACAUGAGGAGAUUAUGUCUGUAAGGAGGGCAAGCAUGCUUUAAGGAGAAAAAGGUUGAAGGCCAAAGAAGCAUCAGGAAUUCAGAUUAAGCUUACAAAAUGCCAGGUGGAAAUAUUAUGGAAGAAGGUCUGGUGGAUCCUGAAUGGCUAUUCAGGCAUCUUAGGUCACCGGAUGGUCCAAACAAACUUCUCAUCUUAGAUUGUAGGGCACAUUCUGAUUUCUCUGAAGCUCAUAUUAGAGGCUCUGUACCCUUAGCUAUACCUAGCAUCAUGUUAAGACGGCUAGCAGCUGGUAAAGUUGAUCUGCUGUCAACAAUAAGGUGCUUAGAUCUAAGAAACAGAGUGGAGGUGUUCUUGUGUGGUGAUGAGAAUAGUAGAGGGACAUUUAUACUGAUUGGUGACUCUACAGACCCUGCAGGACAUCAGGGUGAAACAAUUCAAGUUUUAAGUCGGAGACUUAGAAGUAGUGGAGGAUAUGUUGCUAUUUUAAUGGAUGGUUUUGGAGCAUUCAGAGAUAGAUACCCUGAAUGGUGUGAGGGUAGUCAAGCCAGUGGUGAAGGUCCCCCAGGUCAGGAUUCUAAUGACGGUGAAUUAAUGGGUCUCAGGUCCCUUCGAAUUUCCACACCACCUACGAGAUCAUAUUCAGAUUCUGAUAGCGAUAGCACGUGUGAUUCUGUUGGACCUGAAGAGGAUAAAGAUUUUCCAGUUGAAAUUCUACCCCAUUUGUACCUUGGAAACGCAGCGAAUAGCGAAGACAGAGAAGCCUUGGCACGUCAUAGAAUACAGUACAUUCUGAACGUAACCCCAGAUUUGCCAAAUGUAUUUGAAAGCGCUGGUUCGAUAAAAUACAUGCAAAUACCCAUAAGCGAUCACUGGAGCCAGAAUCUAGCUAGUUUCUUUCCACAAGCAAUUCAAUUCAUUGAGGAGGCUCGAAGUUCAGACAAAGGAGUGCUGGUUCACUGUCUGGCCGGAGUGUCUCGGUCCGUCACUAUCACUGUAGCCUACCUUAUGCACAAGUGCAGUCUCAGCUUAAACGAUGCCUUCAACCUGGUGCGCAGCCGAAAAUCUAAUGUGGCUCCGAAUUUCCAUUUUAUGGAGCAAUUGCACAGUUUUGAGAAAGAACUAAGGGAUAGAGGUGACAGAAGUAGCAGGGGGAACGAUCAGAGGUGUAUCGGAGCGUGCAGGCCUGGAGGACCAUGUAAUUGUCCAGCUCCCAGCUUCCUUAGUCCCAUUGAUCUGGGCCUUAGCCCGGAUUCUGGAAUAGAAUUCGACAGGUGGGCAUCAAGUACACCGGCAGAAUGAGACGGGCCAGGGGGGACCCAAUACAAAUUUUAGGUCCCUCCUAGUACGCCGUCAUAGUAACAAGGGAAGCCCUAAUUGAAGGGUGUGGGAAUGAAAAUUUACAUUUCUGCUAAGAGAAAAAUAAUAUCUUAAGGCGAGAAACGCAAUGAUCGUAGUAGAUUGCAAUUUCAAAUAUACUGCGACAAUUAAAAAUUUGGAAUCGCUAGAUAUUUUUAAAAAAGCAGAGAUUUUCAUUUAAAAAAUUUACAAUUUUAAAUUAGCUUAAAAACUGUUUAAUUACUAGUUAAAUUUAUUAUUAAUAACUGUGCAGUAUUAAUUCUGAAUUAAUAGAAGAUUCACAAUUAGUACAACAAGCGGGUGAUUUUAAACUUUUGUGGUAGAGUUUUGCCACAAAAGUUUUGUGUACUAGGUCGUGCACAGUGAAAGAAAUACGAUGAACUCAAACAAAAUUGUUAAAACGGCUGAACCUUUCUAGUAUUUUUCUAUCCAGUAACGGAAAUUGUUUCUGUCGAGGCUUUGCAAGCCACGGUUCUGUACUAUCGCUUCAGGAAAAAAGUUAAAAAAUAAUGGACACAAUAUAGUUUCUCUUUCAGAGGAUGAUUUUUAAUUUGACGAAACUACGAUUGUAAAUCUUUAUCUAAGCGUAAGUGUUGUUUAUAAUUUAGGGGGAAAAAUAGGUAGGACGGCUACAAAAGGGUUCUAUGACUCUUUCGUUUCUAAGUUGUCGUGAUAUAGUAUUAAACACUGAAAGUAUUUUGUAAAUUCAACUCUGUACUUUCUUACAAAUAAUUAAUGUAAUUGUAAUAUCAAGAUGAUCGGCUAAAAAUUCAAGAUUCUUUUUUUAAUAGUGUCUGAAUUCGUUCGACUCUCGAUCCAUUUCUAGGAUACAAUUUUAUACAUAUGAGAUAUCUAUAUUUUUAAUACUUGCUCCCAGAACCCUUCAAUUAAUGAGGCUGUGUUUGAUUUUAUCGCGGGUGAUGCUUAUUCAAAGCGAAAUGAAAUGAAAUAUAAAUCGUAAAACAGGCAAUCAUAAGUAGUUGAAUUUAAAAAAUAAUUAAUUACAACUGUGCUUGAUAAAAAGAUCACACUAUGUUUAAGUUCAGAGGUACAAAAAGAAUUGAAAAACUCUCGCGUACUCGGCAAUUUAGAUUAUUAUAAUAAAAAAAAGAGAAGGUAUAUACAUAAAAAGAUUAUGAUUCGAUACUACUCGAACGUAAUUUUUGACAUAAUUUUUCAAAUCCACAAAAGUGACUUAUCUUGAGAAGGGUACAUAUUUCCCGGUGCAAUUCUGACUUUUAAAGAUUUGCAACCUUGUGUGCACGUUCUCUAUCUCUGUCUGUCUUUAUCUCUUUCAAGUAAUUAAUCUUGGUUAAUAAUCGAUUAAGAAGUACAUCUUUAUGGAUCGGUGCAUUUCUAUAGGGCAUUCCGAAACUUCUACUUCCGAGAUAAAAAAUCAGGGUCGUCGUAAAUACGUAUAAGAAGAGAAAAGAGUUAUGGGACGGAAAAGAAUUGACAAAAAAUUGAUUUUAUCAUGAGUUAAUCAAUCGAAGAAAAAAUUAGACAAAUCGUACACGUAUUAUACCUCAGAAUUCUGAUAAAGAAAUUUGUUUAUAAAAAUAUACGACAGUCGUGAUCCUUAUCGUCGAUACGAGAUGGAAAAAAGGAAGAGACACUGAUUAAUUAUAGAUACACAUAUACGACGAUGUAUAGCAAUUUGAAAUACUAAAAAAUUCUUAAUUGUACGAUCCAAUACUGUUUCUAUUGUCUUACAGAUCUCAGAUUAUAUAUUUCAAAUUAUUUUUGUAAGAAAAAAAGCAAAGAACGAAAAAAGAUUACGGAAAUCGCAUAUUCACAUUCCCACGAGCCACAAAUUACCUGAUGAUACUGUAAAAAAGAAACAAAGGAUAAAAAACUAUCUUUCGUGUAUUGUAUGUAUUGUUCAUCGAGCAUAAUUGAAGUUAAUGAGUGUACACAGUGAAUGUUAUUAUUUUUCAUUGUAAUUAACUACAAAGUUGUAAUCGGCUCUCGGCUCACUCACGAGGGUAAAUUGAUAUACAACUAGGGAAAACAAAAAAAAAGUAUAUAUAUAUAUUUGACGUUAAUGUAAUAACAAUAUUCUACUAUUACACUGUUGUCUGUUGUAUGUUUGUCGGGCGUAACGCUCGAACGAUUUAAUCAAAUAUUAUGUAUAUUACAUAAAUUAUUAUUUUAUAUUCA